UCGCUGUCAGAGCUCACUUCGCGUAGUCAAAGUGAUUCUGUCAUAACCACCAAAAAAGAUAGCCCAGCAUUCAACCAACUUCUUCGAACUGACAAAUACAUUUAUUCAGGUUUUGUUUGUUGUGGAUAAACACAUUUUUUUCUUCUUUACAAAUAUAUUGAGUGUACAUUUUUUACGCGCAGUGGAGUUUUGAGAGAGCGCUACCAUGGACAGCGCUUUUAACCGAUUGGACGCCGCGGACUUUUUACAGAUUUGGCAGCACUUUGAUGUUGACGAUAACGGUUACAUUGAAGGAAAGGAGUUAGAUAACUUUUUUCGACACAUGAUGAAGAAACUUGGGAUGAGCGAUGACAUUUCGGGAGAAAAAGUGAGGCGACUCAGAGACAGGUUCAUGUCCGCUUACGACAUCACAUCGGACGGCCGUCUGCAAAUACAAGAGCUGGCCACCAUGAUGCUUCCCGAGGAUGAGAACUUCCUGUUGCUGUUCCGCCGAGAGACACCAUUGGACAACAGUGUGGAGUUUAUGAGGAUCUGGAGGAGCUAUGAUGUAGACAGCAGUGGCUACAUCUCAGCUGUAGAGCUCAAGAGUUUCCUGCAGGACCUGUUCCUCCAGCACAAGAAGACCAUUGGCCCUGAGAAGCUGGAGGAAUACACAAGCACCAUGAUGAAGAUGUUUGAUGGGAAUAAAGAUGACCGCCUGGACUUGAAUGACCUCGCCAGAAUCCUGUCUCUGAAAGAGAACUUCUUGCUGAAGUUCAAGAUGGACGCCUGUAGCCAGGAGGACAGGAAGAGGGACUUUGAGAAGAUCUUCGCUCACUACGACGUCAGUAAGACAGGAGAGCUGGAAGGCCCAGAGGUGGAUGGGUUCGUCAAGGACAUGAUGGAGCUGGUGAAGCCUAGCAUCAGCGGAACAGACUUGGAUAAGUUCCGGAAGGUUCUUCUGGGCCACUGCGACAUGAACGGAGACGGAAAAAUCCAGAAGAACGAGCUGGCCCUGUGCCUUGGCCUCAAACUCACCUAAUGAUCCACUGGGGAACGUGAGGAUCCGGCGACCAUAAUAACUUCCUGUCUCCCCACUGUAGCUAGCGCCGGAAGAUAACAGCUAACUCGUUGCCGUGGUAGCAUGCAGCAGUAGCUUGUUGACAGCCAAAGAGCAUUGCAUUGUGGUCCAGGAAGUAGAAGUGGAAGCAGAAAGUAGAGGUGGUAUGAUGUGAACUCUUUUGGUCAUCUCAUAGACACUCAAGUAAAACAUCAAUUUUGUGAUUUGUUGUUACUUUGUUGAUGUUCCUAUCUGGUGUGCAGUAAGUCUGUUUAUUGUAUGUAUUUCCAUUUUUUUGUAAAAGCCUAUACACGGUUUCUCUUCUCACUAUAGCUUGAAUAUACAUUACUUGAAAACAUCCACACUAACUGUGUGGCGAUAACAUCUGUGAUAAGUUAUGUGAUAGCAGUGAUAUUGCAAUGCUUGCUGUGUUGGUCUCAUGGAUAUUGAAUCUAAAUUAUAAUAAACAAUUUCAGAUUGACAGUUUGUUUAGUGAGUAUGGACAUGUGAUGCCAGUGACUGGCCUUAAUGUAAUGUAUUUGCUAUUGUGUGUCUGUACUUUUGUGACAUCCCUGUUUUUA